AUGAUUGUAAAACUGACACAAUCAUCAUCGGCAGACUCAAGGCAGCAUUCCUCGAUAACUGACGCUUUUGGUACAACACGAACCAUCUCGCUAUCACGGCUAGCACCGCAACCUCAGAUUAGUCACUCCGCUCUAGCGGAACCUACAACCUCAACCGACCACACCUUUACUCGCCCUAGUAUCAACCGACGUGGAAUGGAGGUCAAGCCCCCG